AUGUUAAAAACAUUUGUGUUCAACAUUUCUCUUCUGACUGUUCUUGGUAUUUCUUCAACUGCUCCAACUGAAUUUCUAACUGAUACUCUAGCUAAUGUUCUUGGUGAAACAUUCGGAGAUCUUGAUAGCUUAUAUGGUCGUCUUGCUGGCACAAUAAUUGGUACCCUAACUGGAGGUGCCGAAGAUGCUCAAUUCCUUGGCCAACUUGGAGCAGCUGAAGGCAGAGAUCUUGGUGAAAAUAUAAAAGCUUCUACUAAAAGAAACAAAUCUGGAAGUUUGGUGGAAGGUUUAACCGAUCUAACUGGAGGUAUUUUUGGAUCAAUUUCUGGCUUUACUGGUGCUAAUGCUGGAGCUAUAGUUGGUGCUUUGAAUGAUGGAACAGCUGGAGCUGCAAAAGGAUCUAUUGCUGGAAAUAAUAUUGGUAUGAAACUUGGUGAGAAUUUUAUUGAAUCUGCUGAAAUUAGCAAAGAUGGAAGGCUUCUUGGGAGAGUAUUGGAUCUUGCGGGAAAUGCUGUUGGUUCAGCAGUUGGUUAUGCUUCAGCACUUGGUGGCGGUUUAACUACUGGAGUUCUUGAAGGUACUAAUGCUGCUAUUGUUCAAUCGAAUUCUGGUGUAGAAUUUGGCCAAGGAAUUGCUAGAGAAAUCAAUAAAGUGUUUGAAGAAAUAAACAUAUAA